UCUGUUCUAUAGUGCGCUUUUCGACUCCAUCACCGACUUCGCUUCCUCAGCCAAACCAUCUCCCACGAUCUGCCGCGCGGCCCGACCAAUCGACGCCGACAGCCUCACCAAAACAACGAGUCUACCCUAUAACACAAGACUCGAAUCUCUAGCACUGUGCUCGAUCGCCCGCUAGCCCCUCCUCCGCCGCCGCGCACACACCCACCACCCAUCAUGGAUAUCCGGCUUCUGCGCAACUCGGAUUUGCCGCUGAUCCAGCACGCCAACCUCGAGAACCUCCCCGAAAACUACUUCCUCAAGUACUACCUGUACCACGCCCUGUCAUGGCCGCAGCUUAGCUACGUCGCCGUCGACGUCUCCCGCCCGGCCAAGGGCCCCUACGACUACCCCAAGAUUGUGGGCUACGUGCUCGCCAAGAUGGAGGAAGAGCCCACGGACGGCAUUGCACACGGUCACAUUACGAGUCUGAGCGUCAUGCGCACGCAUCGCCGUCUAGGCAUCGCCGAGAAGCUCAUGAGACAGAGCCAGCUCGCCAUGGUUGAGACCUUUGGCGCCAAGUACGUCUCGCUUCACGUGCGUCACUCCAAUGUCGCUGCCCGCCACCUGUACGAAACGACGCUCGGCUUUAAGAACGAAAAGACGGAGUCCAAGUACUACGCUGAUGGCGAGGACGCCUACUCCAUGCGUCUGGACCUCGAGUACAUUCGCAAGCAGCUCGAGCAGGCUGAGAAGGACGAGGAGGCACAGGCCACAGCAAAUGGCACUACAGAAAACGGCGAGCACCUUGAUGAGGGUGAUGCCGUCGGCGAGGUCGGUAGAGACCCAGAGGCCGGCAAAGGCCGUGAGAUGAACGUCACUGUUGGACUGUGAUUUGCCGGAGACCAGAAUGAAAACUUGAAGUACGAAGACGGGAAAGGAUGUACGGCGUCAUGCGGGAAACAAAAGGGAGUCAUCAUGACUCUUGUUAUGUGUAUAUGGACAAGAAAGACGGCAGGGUUCAAAAAAGUUGACUAUUUAUUAUAAAAGUACAAUAAUCACAACGCUAUGCUAUUAACCAAAAGGACGAUGUUUUUUCCUUCUUCUUUACUGGUGGUAGUUUGGCGUAUGAUCUCCAUCAACCUGUAAAGAUGAAAGUGACUCGGUCAUGGCCUCAAUCGCUUUCUCGAUACCUCGUUUAUGAGGCCCAUCUUCAAGUGAGUCUGCUACUUUUUGCUGCUUUUCAAUCUCGCUUCGCAAGCUUGCUGCUGCCUGCUCCCUGGCCAUUGAUGCCACGCUCUCUGGGUCCGGUCCUGGUCCCGGUGCUCCGCGAGUAUCAGCAAACGGGAAGCCACCGCGUGUUGGAAACUGAUGCCGGCCCCGUCCCCAGGGCCCUGGUGGACAAGAUGGACCCGGCAUCCCUGAUGGCCCAGGCUGAAACAGCCCUCGCCCGCGACUGCGCCCCAUACCGCAUCUGUCUUGGUGUUGGUGGUGUUGGUGGAAAGGAUGGUGAGGGUGAGGCGGGUGCACGGGGAAUUGGCCCGGCAUGGGAGGCAUAGGCGGAGGUGGUGCGCCUGGAGCACCUGGAGGCAUGGGAGGCUGGCCGGUUGCUUGGGCGAGAUAGGCCCACGGAUUUGUCUUGAUGGCCUUUUUCAUCUCCCGCUUAUUCUUGCGGUAUUCCCUGCGUUCUCCCUUGCGCUGCUUUCUACGAACGCGGCGCUCUUCUCGCUGGAGCCUCUUCUGGUCUUUCUUAAUCUUCUUCCACACCUGGUGCAGGCCCUUGAUUUGGGCUUUGAGUGUGGCUUUGUUCAGAGCAGGGUUGACCGGAUUGGCUUUCGCGGCCUUGAUUGCGGCUCUGGCGUGGUUUAGAUCCCCUCUGGAGCGAAUCUUCUCCGGGUUUGCGGUAAGAUCUUGAAGAAUGGAUAGGUAGACGGGCAUCUGAGCCUCCUUGACGUCGUCGUAGUCGGGUAGUGAGCCAACCGAGGACUCGCUAGAGCUUGAGGAGACAGAUGAAGCUGAUAGAGAGCGGCGACGUUGUGGGAAUCCACCGGGCAUAUGGCCACGGCCGCGCUCAGAUGGAUGGCCAUGGUGCAUGUGUCCCUGGUUGGGAAGCCCACGAGCAUCUGGGCCUGGCACCGCGGAAGAACCUCCCGAUGCACCACCCAUUCUAAUGCCCUUGCUAUCCAUAACUAGAUUGCCAACACGAAUUCCAUUGCUGUCCAUAGUAACAGAAUUGCCCCAGCGUAUGCCUUCAGAGUCCAUUACCAGACCGCCCACGUUGAAAGCCUGUCUAGCAGCGGCAGCAGCGGUGGGUUGGGUAGCCCGACUUGCAGUUUGCGGUGGCUCUGAAAAAGCAGGAUUCCAUGACCCAGGCAUAUCUGAUGGUGGGCCAUCUUGUAUAUUGACGCGGAUUUCGAUACCGCGGGGACCGAAGAAGCCUCGGUUCCAUUGCUGGACAGUACCUCUAGCCACUGUGCGUUGGUGGGCAAGCUCUUCUGGCGAGAGACGGAAUCCGCGCUCACGCAGCCCUUCAAGGUGUGCUGUUGCAGCUUCCGAUCGACCACUGCUACUGGCUGCCUCGCUCUGUGCUUCUUCGCGAAGCUUGCGGUCGAGAAUGACGUCGUUGCCCCUCGUCGUGUGAUCGGGCAGGAGAAAGUUGAUAAAGGUGGCCCAGUCCUGGGAGUUGACGUCACGACUGGCAAGGCUGUGGUCGUAUGCGAAAUCGUCUGCAAUGGACUCUUCGGUAAGCGUAAUGAGCUUCACUGUGGUGCCGCCGGGGAUGUUGGCCGGUACUGGGCGGGAAUCAAUGUACUGGGUGGCGCCCUGGUUGUUCGUCUCGGCGAAGCCUCCGGGAGUAGCGGGCGGUGUGUAGAUGAUCUCGGAUGUGCCCAGGCUUUCGUCGCCUCGGCUGUUUGCUGAUCCGGCGAUGGACUGGGCAGCGCCGGAGGUUGAGUAGAUGUCGUUUUCGGAGUAUGGCGGAGGAGCUUCGUCGCCGUGAGGCGGAGCGUCGUGCGGUAACGAGCUCAUGAUGUCGAUGGGGUGUCGCUUACAGCGUCGUGGGGGAUAUUUUGUUGUCGGUUGUCGUGUGAUGUAGAGACAAGUGUUUGGAUUAAAUCUCAAGCAUCAAGUAUUCAAAACAUGUUUUUUGUUAAAGGAGAAAUCGCAUCUUUUUUCUUAUGACUUUCUGGGGGUGGUGCGGCUGUAAGUGGUUUUAGGCAGCCUCGGGCUAAUGGUUGCUG